AUGGCGGACGCUCCCAACGAUGCGGCUGUUGCUGCGCCUUUCCAGGCCGUUCAAGUCGAGGCUCUGGUUAUCAUGAAGAUUGCCAAGCACUGCUCUUCGGCUUUCCCUUCUGUUGCGACUGGAGCUAUUGUUGGUAUGGAGAACGAGGGUCUCCUCGAGGUCACCAACACAUUCCCUUUUCCUACCGUCGACCCCGCUACGACCGAUAGCCACCAGAACGAUGCUUCGCAGAUCGCCGCUGCUGCUCCCCGACAGAAGAACAACAUCCACUACCAAAAUGAGAUGAUCCGACACCUCAAGGAGGUCAACGUCGACGCCAACAACGUUGGUUGGUACACAAGUGCCACCAUGGGCAACUUUGUCAACUUGAACUUCAUCGAGAACCAGUUCCACUACCAAAGCGCCAACGAGAACACUGUCGCCCUCGUCCAUGAUGCUAGCAAGAGCUCUCAGGGCAACCUGACCUUCCGGGCUUUCCGCCUCUCCCCUGCUUUCAUGAGCGCCUACAAGGAGGGCAAGUUCACAACCGAGAGCUUGCAAAAGUCUAAGCUCACCUUCAAGGAUAUCCUCACCGAGGUCCCUGUCAACGUCCACAACUCUCACCUCCUCACAACCUUCCUCCACCAGAUUCCUUCCGCUCCCGUGAAGGGCGAUAUUGAGCAGCCCUCAUCGCUUGGCGACCUCAACCGUAGCGCUCUCGAGCCUCCUCUGUAUCCCUCUAUCGACAACCUCGACCUUGCGAUCGACCCCUUCCUCGAGAAGACCUGCGAUCUUCUGCUCGAGAGCAUCGAGUCUCACUACACCGACCUCAACAACUUCCAAUUCUACCAGCGACAACUCGGUCGUGAGCAGACCAAGAUUACACAAUGGCAGACCAAGCGCAAGGCUGAGAACGCCCAACGUGCUGCUGCCAAGCAGGCUCCUCUUCCCGAGGAUGAGUGGCAGCGACUGUUCAAGCUUCCCCAGGAGCCCAGCAGACUGGAGGGUAUGCUGAACGCGAAGCAGGUGGAGCAAUACAGCAAGCAGGUGGAUGGAUUCACAGCCAACGUCAGUGCCAAGAUGUUUGCCGUGCGGGAGAACUUGAUGCCAAAAUAG